AGUUUCUUUCAUUAUAGAUAAACUAUCGAUAAUCUGCUAUUUUGAUCAUUUCCAACAAUCUCAAAUUUUAUUAUCUGAAGGUGAAUAUUACUUGUUGAUCAUAUAGAAUAUAGGAGAGCCUUAUUUUAAAUUGACAAGUACCAAACACACACCCGGUACUUGAUCAGGAGUUGUGGCCAUAGUGUUCUCGUUGAAAGUUUUUGAUCGUUUUCAUUAUAGGAAUACAUUUGUCAGCAAUUGAUACGAUGUCAGCUGCACGUGGAUAUCGAACAGGUAAGUUCACCUAUAUCAGCUACUUCAUUCUAGGCUCUCGUCGCAAUUUAAAUUGAUUGGAUGGAAAAAAGCCGAAGAAAAAAAUGUCGAAGCAAAAAAUGUCGAAAAAAAAAUGUCGAAAAAAAAAUGUCGAAGAAAAACACGUCGAAGCAAAAAAUGUCGAAAAAAAAAUGUCGAAGUAAUUUUCGUCGAAGGAGAGAAAUGCCGAAGGGAAGAAAUGUCGAAGGAAAAAAUGUCGAAGGGAAAUAUGUCGAAAAAUUCAAGAUGUCCUCAUGAAACAAUAUUGAUUUUCUUUCGUUCUAUAUUUCCAUUUAAAGCUUCCACUAUUAGUUAAUAGUUCUAUCCAAUAUAUCAUUUUGUAAAUAAACAUUCUAGAACAACCAAAAGAGAAGAAACAAUGCAUUUUAACAAAAGACACUUUUAGCAUUGUUUUCUAUUCUUCUGUAUAUACCAUUUGAUUUCAGCGAUUCAGAUAUAUUCCAGCACUUUCGUCACUUCUAUAUUUGGUUGAUUAUAUAAUGUCUAUUACUUCAAGUUCAAGUGCUAUAUCCUUUCUUGCUUCUAACAAAGGUUAUCGUCUAUUAAUGCAAGACGGAUUUAUGUACAAACUCAAUAAACAAACAUCAUCUAAAAUGUAUUGGAUUUGUAAAAUUAAGAAUUGUAAAGCACACGUUCAUACUGAUCUAAAUAAUAAUUUCCUCAAAUCAAGCGGUGAACACAAUCACCUACUUGAACCAGAAGAUUUUCAAGUCAAACAAUUUCGAAAUAUUGUCAAAGAUCGCGUCAUUAAAGAAACAGCACCUAUAUCAAAAAUCUAUGAAGAAGAAGUUUCAAAAGCUGCAUUUUCAACAGAACUUCUUGCAAGUGUACCACUGGCUCGUGAUAUACAACCAGCAUUGAAUCGUGCAAGGCGAAAAUUAACACCUAUUCUUCCUGGUUCUGCUACAUUUGAUAUUCCCGAUUCUUAUCAAAUCACAUCGAAAGGCGAAAAAUUUUUGUUCUGCGACACAUUAAUUUCUCGUAGAAAAAGAAUGUUGCUCUUUAGUAGUCCAAAGCAACUUGAAGUUUUAUUUGAUAGCUCGUCUAUAUUAAUGGACGGUACUUUUUCAGCAACACCACCUUUUUUUGAUCAAUUGUUUACUCUCCAUGCUUUAAAAUUUGAAUGUUGUUUUCCUUGUAUUUUUUGUCUUUUACCAGAUCGAAAGAAAUCAACGUAUCAACAACUAUUUCAAGUAUUAAAAGAUAUGGCUGCAUCUAUGAACCGCAUUUUUAAACCUGAACGAAUUAUUAGUGAUUUUGAAAGUAGUUUGGUUUCAAUAAUACCUGCUGAAUUUCCUCAGGCUGUACACCAAGGCUGUUAUUUUCAUUAUACACAAGCUAUAUAUAGACGUAUUCAAAGUCUGGGCUUAAGUACAGCGUAUUCACAAGAUGAAGAAAUAAGAUAUUGUUGUCGUAAAUUAAUGGCAAUUGCCCUUUUACCAAUUGAAGAAGUUGAAAAUUCAUAUUACAAUUUACGUUCAACAUCAAGUACAAAAGUAAAAGAAGAACUUCGUCAAUUAUUCAUGUAUUUUGAUAGCUAUUGGAUGAAUGAUUUACCAUUAAAAUUGUGGAAUGUACAUGGUUGUCAAUAUCGGACAAAUAACAAUUGUGAAGGUAUACAUAGGCUUUCUUUUCUAAAUGUAGCGUACGACCCAUAUGUUUAG